GAUGGUAGAAGAAGGAUUUAGCGGAAGAAGAUGCGGUAGUUUCGUUUCCGUGUGACCUAUUUAGCUUCUGCUGUUAUACUGCAUCUGUUGAUAAUCUUUAUGUGCAACAAUGAAAUCUGGCCGUUUAUAAUUAAGGAGUUUGCUUUUUUUGAUGUGUCUGAUUUUUCACCCAAAGGGCUAUACAAUCUUUAAAUCGUCGCAAAACAGACUAGCUGUAGUUAGCUACUUUGAUUUAGCUAGGCUGUUUACGGUUAAUAUGAGUUGUAAAACGUUGGCGUUAGCUGCGUUGUGAAUUCAUCAGUGUGGUUUGGACUGUUAUUAGCCGGCUAGCUGUUUAUCAAUUGCUGGUUCAUAAACACUUAUCGCAUCUUAGCGUAGCUAGGUUAACUCUUAAAGCUCCCUUGGAUGUUCAGUGCGAAGAGUGGACUUCACUUUCAGGAAUAGCCUGCCUUAUUGGUAAAGUCAGGCAGUGACUCCUCAGCCCCAUGUCUGCUGAGGCUUCAGUUGGCAGUGAUGCUGCUGACUCUGCCCAGUCCGCUGUUCCCCAGCCUGCCUUCCACAACACAGACGAGUUCAGAAAUCGGGGUCUGCUAGGGAGCAAGUACGUCAAAUUAAAUGUGGGCGGCUCACUGCAUUAUACAACCGUCCAGACGUUAAGCAAGGAAGACAGUCUGUUGCGGAACAUAUGCAACGGAGGCACAGAGGUUACCAUAGACUCAGAAGGUUGGGUAGUGUUGGAUAGGUGUGGCCGACAUUUUGGACUUGUUUUGAACUUCCUACGAGAUGGCUCAGUACCACUUCCAGAGGACCACAGAGAAUUGGAUGAGGUUCUGAAGGAGGCCCAGUAUUAUCAAGUCCAGGGACUCAUUCAGCACUGCCUCAGUGCCAUGCAGAAACAGAAGGAUGUCUUUGAGAGUGUGUGUCGCAUCCCCAUGAUCACCUCAGCCAAAGAAGAACAGAGGAUGAUUGCUACUUGUAGAAAGCCAGUAGUAAAACUGCAGAACAACAGAGGAAACAACAAAUACUCUUACACCAGCAACUCUGAUGAUAACCUGCUGAAGAACAUUGAACUGUUUGACAAACUUGUGCUACGAUUCAAUGGCCGCGUUCUGUUCGUGAAGGAUGUGCUUGGGGAUGAAAUCUGCUGUUGGUCCUUCUAUGGUGAAGGCCGCAAGAUUGCUGAAGUGUGCUGUACUUCUAUUGUCUAUGCCACAGAGAAGAAGCAGACCAAAGUUGAAUUUCCUGAAGCUCGAAUCUUUGAAGAAACCCUGAAUAUCCUAAUUUAUGAGAAUGGCAGAGGAUCUGGUCCAGGUGGUUUACACCUUUUAGAUUCGAGAGGCUCGGGGUCCUCGCUGGGAGCUGGCCAAUCGGAGGAAGAGGGUGCUGUGGGAAGCGACAGGCGCGUGAGACGGAUCCACGUGCGGAGACAUAUAAUGCAUGAUGAAAGAGGGCACGGGCAGCAAACUGUGUACAAAGAUUAAUAAUGUGAAAAACAUAAGACAUGGGAGAGCGACUUCACGUAUGUUGUCUUUCUCUUGGAUGCUCACAGAAUGAAAGAGAUGUCCUGGAUCAUAGCAAUAGCUUGGUAGUUAGUUAUGGCUGAUUUGAAACUGAACUAAGAGUUGUCUGGAGCUGAAAAACUCUUCUGUUUACAAGAAAAUGAUUUGUGUAAAUUAUUUAAAUAGGAAAUGUGUACCUGGGACGUGAAACUGGCAUAAAUAUUACUUUGGUAAUGUCAAGAAACCUCCUGCAAGUUAUUGAAUGGGCCUCCAAAACCCAUCUCCUACCCCCACAGAGCAGACAGCCCACUGUUAAUGUGGGUGUUGAUGAUAUGCACUGGCAACCUCCUCUGUGUUUGACUUGCAGGACACACUGUCUCAGUCUGUUUUCUCAGGCUGUGAAACAUCUGCCUUUUCAUAAGUUGAACUGAUACCUGCUGUCUAACAGCGGUGGUUGGUCAAGUUUAGCUUAGAUAUGUCCACACUGGAAUAAAACUGCAUAGCUGUUUUUAGUGAGGUUGUCUAUGAAUGAGACUGUUGAGCAGCUGUGUUUUCUUUGUUUAAAUUAUUACUGCUUUUGCUUUGAGAUGUUUUUUUUUUUAUUAUUAUUCAUUAAUUUAUGAACUUAAUUUAUUGUUUGGUAUUUAACAUUGUAUGCAAUCUUUGUGUUAAUUAGUGCUCAAGUGAGUUUUCAUUUUUGGAAGGAUAUGAUGCACUCUUAAACGCACGUCCGAUUUUGAAGUUACUUUUGUAAAUGACUAAAUCGUGAACUUACAUUUCAGUUUAAUGUUUCAAGAGGAGCCGUGACCAUUUUGUUGAUAUUUUAUUCUGAGCCAUGAUCUUUCACUUUCGCUUAACGUCAUUUACACAACCACUGAGUAAUUGGGCAUACAGUGAUGACAAAUGCAAUUAAUACUGGGUUGUAAUUUUUAUUUCCCUCAGGGAGAGGAUAUGUUUUUUGUUUAAAAUAUUCACCAGUGUCUUGUGUAAAUCUAAUCACUAUGAAUACUGAAAACAUUGAAUGACAGCAAUAUGUAUCUCAGACCCUUCAUAAAAUCACCUUAAUUCUUAAAUAUAUGCACUAAAUUAACUUCCGUCCAUUAGCGGUCAUGGGAAUGUUCUGAAUAAAUUACUUAUGAAAUCUU